AUGGCUCGUAAACUUAGUCUACUGGCUCUUGCAAGCCUUAUUUCGCUGUCAGUUCAGCAGAAUUGCGCAGCAUUAUUUGGCCAAUGUGGAGGUAAUGGAUGGACCGGCUCAACAUGCUGCGUUUCUGGCGCCCAGUGCACUUACGUGAACGACUUCUAUUCUCAGUGUCUUGCCUCAACUGGUGGCGGCAGUACUACUAGUAGAUCAUCAACUUCAUCCAGCUCAGUCUCAAGAUCUUCAUCUACUAGCUCAGUUUCCAGAUCCUCAUCUGCCGGCUCCUCGCCUGGGGGCGGCUCACCAACUGGUGGCGCUUCUACGUAUACAACGACUGAUACUGCUACGGUUGCUCCUCAUUCCCAGUCUCCUUACCCCAGUAUUGCUGCCUCCAGCUGCGGGUCCUGGACUCUAGUGGAUAAUGUUUGCUGUCCAUCAUAUUGUGCCACCGAUGACACAUCCGAGUUCUGCACGGGCGGCUGCACCUGUGCCACGCCACCUUCGGCGGAUUGCAAAUCAGGAACUAUGUACCCAGAAGUCCACCAUGUAACUAGCAAUGAGACUUGGCACUACAGCAGAUCUACGCAUUUCGGCUUGACAAGCGGCGGAGCUUGUGGCUUUGGCCUCUAUGGUCUCUGCACAAAAGGCAGUGUUACCGCGAGCUGGACAGAUCCUAUGUUGGGAUCAACCUGUGAUGCUUUCUGCACAGCCUACCCCUUACUUUGCAAAGAUCCUACGGGCACUACUCUUCGCGGCAACUUUGCAGCACCAAACGGAGAUUAUUAUUCGCAGUUUUGGUCUUCUCUGCCAGGAGCCCUAGAUAACUACCUGUCUUGUGGCGAAUGCAUUGAACUCAUUCAGACGAAACCAGACGGAACCGACUAUGCUGUAGGGGAAGCUGGCUACACUGAUCCGAUCACUCUGGAGAUAGUAGACAGCUGCCCUUGUAGCGCAAAUUCCAAGUGGUGCUGUGGCCCCGGUGCCGAUCAUUGCGGAGAGAUCGAUUUUAAAUAUGGCUGCCCUCUUCCGGCCGACAGCAUUCAUCUCGAUCUCUCAGACAUUGCCAUGGGCCGCUUACAGGGCAACGGUUCACUCACUAAUGGUGUGAUUCCAACUCGAUACAAGAGAGUUCCUUGCCCCAAACUUGGAAAUGUUUAUAUAUGGCUUCGAAAUGGCGGGGGGCCGUACUACUUUGCUCUGACAGCCGUGAAUACUAAUGGACCCGGAUCGGUCACCAAGAUUGAGAUCAAGGGUGCAGGCACAGAUACUUGGGUUGCUUUGGAACAUGAUCCAAACUACACCAGCAGUCGCCCACAAGAACGAUAUGGAAGCUGGGUAAUUCCACAGGGGUCAGGACCUUUCAAUCUGCCCGUUGGAAUACGCCUUACUAGCCCAACGGGAGAGCAGAUUGUUAAUGAACAAGCCAUAAAGACAUUUACUCCACCAGCGACAGCAGAUCCUAACUUCUAUUACAUCGACAUCGGCGUACAGUUUAGUCAAAACUAA